AUGUCUCGGUUCUCAGGCUUGGGCCCGGCUCUGACGCUGGCUCUUGCAGCACUUGUCAACGGCCAAGACAACCUCGGUAUCGCGAAUGGCUUCAUUGAUUACAAGACGGGCCAGGUCAGCGGCCAGUUCGUUCGCGACUCCCAGACUCUCGCUUCGCUCAAGGUCGCUUCCGGCCACGACUUUCUUCCCUCGGAUUUCCUCUCCAACCUUACGCACACCGAAGGCGCCCACUACCUCGGAGACGUCACCUUUCGCUACAAGGUCGCCGGCGCCGGUAACUGGACCAGCGUCGACUCUGCCCAGGCCAGAAAACCUGUGAAGGCUCUGGAAGGCCUCGCAUCCGGUGUCCUUGCCGGCGCGGACUUGGGACCUACACUGCCCAGCGGCAUUCCUCUCGCCAUCACGAGAGAGUGGCUGACCGAAAGCGACAGCCUGGCUCUGCGCAUCAACCUGACCAACACGGGCAACGGCACCGUCGAGCUCGGAUCCCUUGGCCUUCCCGUCUCCAUCAACAAUGUCUUCAGCACGCGCGAGGCGGAGAACCUCCAGGACAAGUGCUCGCUCGCGGAUCCGUACAUUGGCCUUGACGCCGGCUACGUUCGUGUGUCUCCCGUCAAGGGAACCGGCAACGCGCUCGUCGUCGCGCCUCUCGGCUCGAGCCCUUUCGAAGCAUGGAGACUUCUCAGCGAGCCGCAGGGUGACUACUACUACCAGAGCCAGACGUACGAGGGCAACUAUGAGUGGAUGAUUCACUCCAAGGCCUGGGCGGAGACGGAGUGGAAGGGUGGUGCCCCGUGGAACACCCCCACGUCCAAGACUUUGGAGGCUGGCGAGACCUAUUCCGUCGGUCUCAAGUUCUCCGCCGCCGAGAGCAUCCAGACCAUCGAAGAUGCCGUCGAGAAGUCGGGCAUCCCUCUUGCCGUGGGCAUCCCGGGAUACGUCAUGCCCGCAGACCUCACUGCUCGCCUGUACCUCACACACUCCUCCCCCGUCAAGUCCAUCGACGACUCUGGCGUGUUCACUGUGAAGCAGGACACGGCCGCCAAGGGCUCGCCCUACCUCAUCACCCCUGUUGAAGGCAAAUGGGGAAGAAGCAAGAUCACCAUCACCUACGAAGACGGCAAGACCCAAGUCGUCCACUAUUUUAUCACCAAGGCCGCCACGCAGACGGUCUCCGACCUGGGCCACUUCCUCACCACUUCCGCCCACUUCAACGACACCUCCGACCCCUUCGGCCGCGCGCCGUCCAUCAUGGGCUACGACCGCGAGGUCAACGCCAUCGUCGAGCAGGACUACCGCGUCUGGAUUGCGGGACUGAGCGACGAGGGCGGCACGGGUGCGUACGUCGCCGCGGCCACGAAGCUGUUCGUGCAGCCCGUGGCCAGCGAGGUCGAGGUCCUCGACGAGUUCAUCCACGAGACCGUUCUCGGCACGAUCCAGCCUCCCGACUCGUUUGCCGUGAGGGCGAGCACCUUCUUCUACCAACCUGACGCAGUCAACUACACGUACAACGCAGACCUCGACUGGACCACCUGGGCCGCGUGGAACAAGGAGAGGUCGUACACCACCGUCCGCGCUUACAACUACGUCCACCCCGUCAUCGCCUACUGGUCCAUGUACCGUGUGGCCAGAGACUACCCCGAGAUCAAGACCCGGGAGGAGUGGAGCUGGUACAUCAACCAAGCGUUCAACACCGUGCAGUACUGCCUCAAGGACGGCGCCAAGGACUGCGACUACGGUCUGACUGGAUUGAUGGGCGAGACGGUCUUUGCCGAGCUUCUCGAGGAUCUGAAGCGCGAGAACAUGACGCAGGAGGCGUCCACACUCGAGGCCUCGAUGAAGUACCGCGCCGAUUUCUGGGAGACCCUUGCCGUGCCGUUCGGAAGCGAGAUGGCCUGGGACAGUACCGGGCAAGAGGGCGUCUACUACUGGACCAACUACUUCGGCCUGAACACCACCGCGACCAAGGCCAUCAACAGCAUCACGGCGUACAUGCCCACCGUCGCCCACUGGGGCUGGAACGGCAACGCCCGCCGGUACUGGGACUUCAACUACGGCGCCAAGCACGCCGGCACGGAGCGCCAGCUCCACCACUACGGCUCCGGCCUCAACUCUCUGCCCAUGCUGCACUACUACGAGCGCAACCCGUCCGACUUCAACGCCAUCCGCGUCGCGUUCGCAGGCAACACCGCGCCCCUGAGCAACAUCGACGAGGAGGGCUGCCCGUCCGCUGCGUUCCACUCGUUCCCCGAGCACCUUGAGUGGGACCCCUACACCGGCGACUACGGUCUCGGGUUCCUUGGCCUCGGCCUCGGCCAGACGCUGUACAUUGUCAAUACCGAGAAGUAUGGCGAGGUCGUGUUUGGAGGCAAUGUGGUAGAGUCAACCGCCACUUCUGUCGUCGCCGAGCCGAGGGAUGCGGUUCGCCGGCGGGUAUUUGUUGCGGAUCUGGGAUUGAAGAUCUCGUUGAGCGCUGGAGCUAUUGGCACCGUCACGUAUGAUCGAGAGGGCCAGACCGUCAAGCUAAGCGUCAGCCAGGCUGCGUCUGAUACGGCUCUCAAGGCCUCUUCGGCCAUCGUGUGGCUUUCUCAGACCACCGGAGGAGCGGCAUUUGCGGUGACAGGGGCUACCCAGGCGAGAGGUGGAUAUAAGGUUGACUUGUCGAGCGGAAAGGCCGAAGUCACGAUUGCGAAGGCGUAG